GGUAAAUAUUUAUCGACAGCCGUGUUGUUGGGAGCUCCUGCAAAUUGCAGGACGCCGGUCUCGAAAAUGCACGAGGACGACCUAAAGAAUCAGUUGACGAUCGCGCGGAAUGAGAUCAACAAUCUAAGGCAGCAAGUGCGCAACCUUCAGCAUGUGCAGCGCAAGGACAUCGAGACGAUAACCAGCUUGCUCCGGGACUUUCGCUGUGAGGGCUGUUCGGGCAACAAAAGCGCCAAGGACAAGGUCGCUGUUGGCAAGGAAGAGGCUCGGGAGCGGACUUCACAUGAACUGGGACCGGAGAGUCAGGGUCAGUGCAAUCACACAAAUGGAGGAGAAGGAGGAGGAAGUUCCACAGAUGAGUCCGCUCUCUUUCGCCCCAUCGGAGUCAUACGAACGGCCUUCCCGGAGAAGCGUGCCGUUCCCAGGCAAUCGAUUGUGGGCAGUCGCCUGCGUGGCAUAAUCCAGCUAAAUGACAGUGUUUUUACCAAUCCGGAGCAUUCCCUGGAAGGAUUGGGCGACUUCUCGCAUUUGUGGCUCAUCUACCACUUUCACCGCAACAAUGCCCACCCCAAAGCUAAAGUGGCACCACCUCGUCUCGGUGGCGAGCGGGUAGGGGUCUUUUCCACCAGAUCGCCCCAUCGCCCAUGUCCCAUAGGCCUUUCCCUAGUGGAGAUUGAGAAGAUAGAAAAUGCUACCAUAAGUUUCUUUGGCACUGACAUGGUGGACGGAACCCCAGUUUUGGAUAUCAAGCCCUACAUUCCAUACUACGAUGCGCCAGCCUUGAGCGUAGACUCAGGUCGCACCUCAGUGGGCCCUCACGAGAACAGUAUGGACUUUUACGAUUCGAGGCAAGAACCUGACGGUGAAGAAUCCGACUUGGAGUUGUACGGCGCCGCUGGCUACACAGGCAGUGGGUGUAUCGGAGCGGAUGCAAUGGUGCCACCGCCUAGCGCUGUCCGCGUUCCAAACUGGGUGGUGGCCAGUCAUAGGUUGAGCGUGUCCUUUAACGAGCACGCUGAAGCUCAGCUGAAGGAGCUGCAGGUGGAGAAGCAGUGCAUUGUGGAUAUCCUAGAGGCGGAUCCACGGUCCGUCUACUUGCGCACCAAAUAUGGAUCCCAAAUAUUUACCUUCCAGCUGCGGGAGGUGACAGUAACGUGCAAAUUUGACGACAAGGCCUCCACGGUAACAGUGGUCCAGAUCCGGCGCAACGAAAACGUUCAAGUGGCCGCUUUGGAUGGGGAUCAGCGCAGCGCCUAAUGUGGCAUUAUUUAUUGCAAUUAAAAUUUGUUCUCUGGAGAUUUAUGCUUAGCUUAAGUAUUUCGUGUUGAAGAGCUUUAAACUUUGGCGUUUCAAUUUUGCUCUAGGACACAGACAUUUCAAAAAUAUAUGUUUGAGGCUUGUUACCAACGCAAAAA